UUUUGGUCAUUUGAGAUUGAACCUUUCGUGAGUCCUGAAAGCCGAGCCAGAAUUAGGAAAAAUGAAGUAUUCAUUUCUCUUAAUAUUGAUUGCAAUGCUGGCCGCUUCCACGGAAGCAGCAGCAUCGUCAUCCACCAAAAGAGCCGGCCGAGCUGGGGAAGAUCUACGUCUACCGCGAAAUAUUUUACCCCGUUUGUACGAGGUAACUUUGCUGCCCAUUCUCAGCGAAGGAAAUUUCACGACCGAGGGUUCAGUCAGCAUUUCUGUCGAUUGUAUUCAAGCUACUAAUAACAUUACGUUGCAUAUCGCUGAUAUCCUUUUCAAUCCUGCUGAUGUGACGCUAACCGAUUUGACCACGAGUCAAUUGGUGGGAAUCAGCAAUGUUGCCGAGGAUAAAAUCCGCCAAUUCCUGGUUGUGACGACGAACGUUCAGCUGUUAGCUGGGCGUCAAUACCGUCUUUCUCUGACUUUCACUUCCAUUCUCAACAAUGAGCUGCGCGGAUUCUACCGUUCCAGCUACAAUGAAAAUGGCGCAGUCAAAUACAUGGCCGUUUCGCAGAUGCAGCCGACCGAUGCCCGGAGAGCAUUCCCUUGCUUCGACGAGCCUAACAUGAAGGCUAAUUUCACAAUGAAACUUGGCCGUCUGACGACACAGCUGUCGACAUCAAACAUGCCUGUCAAGGAAACAACGCCCAUUGCGGGCAGACCCGGCUACGUGUGGGAUCUAUUUGAAACUUCGUUCCCUGUUUCGACUUAUCUGGUGGGUAUGAUGGUUUCUGAGUUCACCUACAUCGAUUCACCACCCGGACUCAGCACAACGCCCUUCCGUAUUUGGACCAGACCGGAAGCUGUCAGCCAAGCAGAAUACGCUAGUCGAAUUGGUCCUCAGGUAUUGACGUUUUACGAAGAUUAUUUUCAAAUCCCUUUCCCACUUCCGAAGCAAGAUAUGGUCGCACUGAAAGAUUUGUCUUUUGGUGGGAUGGAAAACUGGGGUAUGAUUACUUACAGGGAAACUGCUCUGCUUUUUGACCCUGUCAAGUCAUCCGAGUCGGACAAGCAGAGAGUUACUACGGUUGUUGCCCAUGAGUUGGCCCAUCAAUGGUUCGGAGAUUUGGUUACGAUGGACUGGUGGAGUGAUCUGUGGCUUAACGAAGGGUUCGCAAGUUAUUUGGAAUAUCUAGGCGCCGAUUUUGUCGAGCCCGAAUUCGGUAUGAUUGAACAAACUAUUAUCAACGACGUCCAAGACGUCUUUGGCAUAGACGCCCUCGAGUCAUCGCAUCCAAUUUCGGUGGAGGUUAACGACCCAAAUGAAAUCAACGAGCUGUUUGAUGACAUUUCGUACGGAAAAGGCGCUUCUAUUAUCCGGAUGUUGAACAAAUUUCUGGGCGAGCAGUCAUUCCGCGCUGGUCUGACUAAUUACCUCAACUCAAAGAAAUACAGCAACGCAGUUCAAGAUGAUUUAUGGGCAGCUUUGACAGCACAGGCUCUUACUGAUAACGUCAGUUUACCGAUCGACGUCCGAACCAUCAUGAACACCUGGACUUUGAAAAUGGGUUAUCCAAUCGUCACUGUCGUCCGCGAUUACGCUGCGCAGACCGCCGUUAUCUCCCAAGCACGAUUUCUGCUGAGAUCCAAUCCCAAUUCGACAGACCAAACCGUCUACCGUUGGUGGAUUCCACUCACUUACACGACUGAUUUCAACCAGCCACAAAAAUCAUCUUGGAUCCCUUACGAGCAGACAGCCAUUCAAAUAAGUAAUGUCGGAGCCAGCAAUCAAUGGGUCAUUUUCAACGUCGACGAAGUCGGUUUCUAUCGGGUGAAUUACGACGAAACAAACUGGAAUCUGAUCGUCUCUCAACUGCUUUCGGAUUUUCAACAAAUUUCUCUAAUUAAUCGAGCCCAGCUGCUUGAUGACAGUUUGAAUAUCGCGCGAGUCAACGCUUUACCCUACUCUGUGUCGUUAGGGUUGACCCAGUACCUGACAAAGGAGCAGGAUUACAUCCCGUGGAUGUCGGCCCUCACCGGAUUGAGUUACCUCGAUCUCAUGUACAUCCGAACGGCGGGAUACGUCGAGUUUAAGGGUUACUUGACGAAACUGGUGACGCCACUCUACGAUUACGUCAAAUUCAACGACACCGUAGGCGAUUCCCACUUGCUCAUCUACACAAGAGUCACAGCAGUGAAAUGGGCAUGCAAAUUACAAAUAGGAGAUUGCGUGUCUAGUUCAAUCAACUUUUAUCAAGCUUGGAUGAACGAUCCAGCAAAUCCCACUAUAGUUCCAGUCAAUCAAAAGUCAACCAUUACUUGUACGGCCAUUGCUAACGGAGGGAAUGCGGAGUGGGACUUUGCCUUUCAGCGCUACUUGGACUCUAAUGUGGCAGCUGAAUCCUCCAAACUGCUUUUCGGACUAAGCUGCUCUACUGAUCCUGUCGUACUCCAAAACUUGUUGGAAAUGAGUUUAGAUCCGAAUUCUGGUAUCCGACGUAACGACGCCAGCAGCGUCUUUAUUAAUGUUGGUUCCAACCCCGUUGGGCGUGACCUCACCUUCAAUUUUAUUCAAACUCGUUGGUCGGAAAUGGUAGCCUUUUUCCCCAGUUUGUACGACCUGGCGCGCAUAGUCGACUCCGUAUCGGAGGGCUUCAACACCCCGACGGAAGUGCAAGAGUUGAAACAGUUGCAAGCGGACCACGCCGACGAACUCGGGACCGCCGCCCGAGCCCUUGAUCAAUCGAUUGAACGAGCUGAAUCCAAUGUAGAAUGGAUGUCACUCCAUUAUCAGGAAGUUUUGGAUUGGAUCCAACAGAAUCCGUAAACAAAUGUGUAAAACAAGCUAGCCGAAAACACCAUUAAUAUUGAUAAACAGCUGACCGAGGAAAAGACAGUGCAGUCUAUAGAUCCAUCAGUGUGACUAUUGUUUACAAGUUGAGACAGAACAUCAAGGGUAGAGACACGGCGCAGUAGUGGUGGUAGUAAUACACGGUGGAAAUGCAA